AUCUACCUAGUCUUCAAAAUGUGUCACACUUUCCAAUACCAUAGUUCCAACCCUUGGUAAGGGUUGUGCCGUAGCCUAAUUCCCCCCAAAACAGAGCUUAACAUAGCAGAGAUGUUUCUUACAAGAAUUUGAGCGAGUCCAUUCUAUACAAUUCUUAUAUUUUCAUGGAGCAGCAAAAAGCACAGCAUCGUCCUCGAGUUCUCAUUUUUCCUUUCCCAGCGCAGGGCCAUGUCAACGCCAUGCUCAAACUAGCCGAGCUUCUUGCCAUGGAAGGUCUCCACAUCACCUUCCUAAACACCCAUUUCAUCCACAACCGGAUUCUCCUUCACAAUGACAUUCAAGCUUGUUUAUCACGCUACCCGGGAUUCCUACUGAAGACCAUCUCCGAUGGCCUUCCGGACGAACACCCGCGUUCAGGUGACAAAAUAAUGGACAUUAUUGAUUCAAUGAGUAUAAGAAGCAAGUCCGUAUUCAAACAUAUGCUUGUCUCUGGUGAAUUGGGUUCGGAUGACAGCCCUUUGGUUACUUGCAUAAUUGCUGAUGGAAUAGUUGGUUGGUUUACAACUGAUAUAGCAAAUGAGCUUCAUAUUCCAAUUUAUCAUUUCCGUACCAUUGGUGCUUGCUCCUUCUGGGUUUACUUUUGUGUUCCUAAUCUCAUUGAUGCUGGUGAACUUCCUAUAAGAGGAGAAGAAGACAUGGAUAGACUAACAAAGCGUGUGCCGGGCAUGGAAAAGUUCCUAAGGUGUCGAGACCUCCCAAGUUUUUGCCGAGUGAAAGACCUAACAGACAGAGAUCUUGUAAGCGUCGUUAGAGAGACCCACCAGAGUCCACGAGCCCAAGCGCUAAUCCUCAACACUUUCGAAGAUCUAGAAGGACCGGUACUCUCCCACAUACGAAUCCAUUGUCCCAAAAUUUACUCCAUUGGUCCUCUCAAUAUACACCAUAAACUACGGCUCACCGACAUUGAGACGACGUCAUCUCCAUCUUCAAGCAAUCUAUUUGAAGCAGACAGAAGCUGUAUGGCGUGGCUUGAUGCUCAGCCUUUGAAAUCUGUAAUGUACGUUAGUUUUGGUAGCAUUGCAGUUAUCACAAAAGAUCAGCUCAUGGAGUUUUGGCAUGGUUUGGUGAAGAGCAAAACAAGGUUCUUGUGGGUUAUGCGGCCUGACUUGGUGGAUGAAGACCGCGACAAAGCUCAAAUCCCGAAGGAGCUCUUGGAUGGAACGAGGGAGAGGGGUUUCAUGGUAGGGUGGGUAAACCAAGAGGAAGUCCUGGCCCACCCCGCUGUGGGUGGGUUUUUGACACACAGUGGGUGGAAUUCAACUCUAGAGAGUAUAGCUGCUGGUGUGCCAAUGAUUUGUUGGCCUUACUUUGCUGAUCAGCAGGUGAAUAGUAGAUUCGUGAGUCAGGUAUGGAAGAUUGGCAUGGACAUGAAGGAUGUUUGUGAUAGAAAAAUUGUGGAAAAAAUGGUCAAUGAUUUGAUGGUGGAAAGAAAGGAAGAGUUUGCUAAAGCAGCCGAUGAAUUGUGCACAGUGGCAAGAAAGAGUGUGAACGAAGGUGGAUCAUCCUACUGUAACUGGAAAGGCUUGAUAAAGGACAUAUUUAAGGUUGAGAAUUAGUGGACUGGAAGACUCUAUAGCUAAGAUCUAUAUGGAUAUAAAAUUUCAAUGAUAUUAUCACAUUUAAUUAAAUCGGCAAUGUCCAUCAAUAUUGCACGUUUAAUUUGUAUAAUAUUUGUAAUAUCUAUAUGUAUAAAAUUAAAAAAGCACAAAUUUAAAAUUA